UGCAACGUACGUUUCGUGUCCGCGAUUUUGGGGUAACCGUUCUAUUCUCUCCUUUUCUUUUAUCUGUUUUCUCUCUCUUUCUAUCCGUGUUACCUUUCUUCAAAUCCGUAUAUAUAUCGUUCGACAAAAACGACGACAGUGAUUCCGCCCGCGCUUUGGUCCUUUGGCGUCCGCGAUACCUCGCGACGCGACGCGGCCGCGUCGACACGUGCACACACACGAGCGCACAAAUCGCAGGGACGAGAGAAUUCAAAACCCGAGGCACGUUUCCGGGCGGUACGUCGUCGCGCGCUGCUCUCGCUCUCGGUGCGUUUGUUUUGACAUGUGUAUAGUCUGCCAUAUUGGAUUACCGCAUCGCUGCCGUCGUCUCUGCUGCGGAACACCCGGACGCGGGACGCAACUUUGGCGCUGAAGAAAGGUGGGCAGAACGAUCUACCUACCGGAUCAAGCAUGGAACCGAUUGCAACGAUUGCGCGGCACAGUUAAGAUCGGGCGGUUGAUGCCUGAUGGCGCGGGCUGGAACGCAACGCUGGAGAAAUCCUGCUCCAGAGCGACCAUAACCUCAAGAGAAAGACCAUUGAUGCCAAUAAUUGAGAGAGAUCUCGGAAAGACGUUGCGUCUGUCGCGAAUGUAAAGUCAUCUGUCGAAAAAAAACAAAAACAAAAAAAAAAUUACAAGAAGUUUUUGUUUAUGCGAUGUAUGAGAGUACCAAGAUGGGCAUAUCAAGUGAUAUGUUGGUGUGUCGUUUGUGUGAUAAAAAAGUUGAGGAAAAACGGUCAAAGUAUAUCUUUGAUGAAGCUGAUCUGGCGCAGAAAAUAAAUGUCACAUUGCCGAUCAAGGUCGCGCAAGACGAUGAUAAUUCCAAACUCAUAUGCUUGAAGUGUUAUAACAAAGUUAUCAGUUAUUACGAGUUUAGUCAGGACAUUUUGAAGUCUAAGAAAAACAGCGACGAGUCAAAGAUCAAUCGUUUGUUUAAAAUAAACAAAAAUAAAGAAAUAACAACAUCCGACAUGUUGAACUUGGACAAAGACUUGACGUUUAUGUGUCCGAAUUGUAACAUUUCCUUGAUGAUAUUGAUAGACAGCAAUUCCAAUGACAGCGAACAACCAUUUCAAGUUUCAUUGGCUGUUGUUGAUCAAAUGAAAAGACUGAUCAAAGACAAGAUCGUUACGACAGGUAAACCCAAAACGGUGAGAGUUAUCAGCCCGAAGAAAUUGAGCGCGGUAAAUAAAUUGCACAGUUCGUCGUCGAAUCGCGACAGCUGUACCGAAGAAAUUUUUCACAAAAUAUACAAAACCAAUCCGAUAAAAGAAGAGAACAAUUGCGUGGACGUUUUCAUCUCGUCGACGAAGAAAGAAGAAGAUGCGUCGUCGUUCGAUCAAAAUUCAUCAUUAAAGCCCGCAGCCAAGAGAAGAAAAAGAUAUCGCGAUUCGGACAAAAAACUCGUUAAAGAAAAACAAUCGAAGAACAAUGAAAAAAGCUUUUGGUCGAACAGUGACGACGAGUGGUUCGACGUGGUGUCAAAUAACGUCAAGUUGACCGGGGGCGACAGCGCGAAAUUGUCCAAUAAGGAAUCUAAGAAGUGGACGUGCCACAUUUGCAGCGCCUCGUAUUUCCACAAACUCAGAUACGAAUUUCACAUGGAAAGACAUGUGUUGGACAAAAUGCGGGACACCGUUUGUAUAGAGUGCGACUUGAAAGCGGUGAACGAGCUGUUGUUGUUCGAUCAUUACAGGCGCACGCACAACCUCGUGCAAUACAGUUGCGCUCAGUGUGAGGAAAAAUAUCUGACAAAGAUCGGAUUGGAGACGCAUCAGAAAUUGAAGAAACACAUUGGCGUCGCGGAGUGCGCGAUCGAUCCGGAAGAGACGCAAUUAAACGCCCUGACUUGUACGCUCUGCGGAAAAUCGGUUCAGGAAACUGAGAUGAACAUCUGCAACGACGUGGUUACGUGUCUCGAAUGCGACACCUCGAUCUCGUCGAUGAUGGUCGACGGUUACGAGAAGAGAUUCAUCGCUCAGCGUCAGUUUCACUGCGCCAAAUGCAACACUCGCUUCAUACGAAAGGACAGAUUGGAGUUUCACAUGAUGCGGCACAACGAGAACAAGGAGGACGUUGUAUGCAGCACGUGCGGCAAGGACUUUUGCACGGAGAACUCGCUGUUCGAGCAUUACAUGUUCGUGCACAAAGGCGCGAGACCGUUCAUAUGCGAGCUUUGCGGCAAGUCGUUUCAGCUCAAGAUGCGACUGAAGGAACACCUUCGAACGCACACGGGCGAGAAGCCGUACAAGUGCGACAAGUGCGGCAUGCGAUGCACAACCAACAACUCGCUCAGGCUACACUCCAAGACUCACAUAUCCGGCGCGAUGUACACCUGCGAGGUGUGUCACAAGUCCUACAGAAAGAAACAGAACUGGGUCGAUCACUUGGAGAAACACUGGAUGUACGACGAGAACAUCGCGCUGUCCCAAUGGUUCACGUGUCCUUUGUGCACGAAGACUUUGCCGACUUUUCGCAUGGUUAAGCGCCACUUGGUGGACGACCAUCAGAUCGACCGCAAGGAUCCGCUUGUGACCAAUCAGCAACCUUACUUCGAGUGCAGCGAGUGUCACGAGAAGUUCAAGCAUCAAAUGUCGCUCAAGGCGCAUCGGGAGAGAACGCACGAGGGCAAGACCAGUCCGAUAUACGAGUGCGACUUGUGCAAACAGACUUUCAAGAUUAAACAACUGUUGAUUAACCACAUCAAGUACAAGCACGGUGGUAAGAAGCGAUACAAGUGCGCCCAGUGCGGCAAGAGAUUCAACGACACCAAGUCGCUUUACAACCACAUUCUGCUUCACAUCGGCCGCAAGCCGUUUGCCUGCGAUUACUGCGACAAGAAAUUCCAGCGAAAGGAUUCCCGGGAUAUUCAUCGCCGCAACGUGCACACGGGCGAACGGCCUUUCUGCUGCAGACUGUGUGACAAAUCGUUCUUCAGUUACAACGAUCGCGCUAGGCAUCGCAAAAUCGCUCACAAAGACGAUGAAAAUUCGACGACGAAGAAAACGUCGUCGUCGGAAAAGGUUGAGAUAAAAGUUGAGAGUGCAUCUCAAGAGGAUCAGAGCGCGAUUCCCCAAGAAGUAUCGGAGCAAAAACCUACGAACGAAUCGCAAGGAACUGUGUGUGUAUACGUGUAGACACUCGAUGUCUUUCCGUAUAUAUAUAUAUAUAUGGGGCGGGAGCAAUGAAGUUGCGCGCAAACUUCGUCAAUAUAUAAACUCGAGUAUUUCGCGUAAACUCUCGUAAAAUAUAAAUUUUGCGCAACGGCAAUACACACACGGUGUUUGCACAACGUCGCCAUAAUCUUCUCUCCUCGUCCCCACUUUUGGUAAUACUUAGCUCCGCGCGUGCGAAGUUGAAGUCGUGGCUCUCUCGCGCAAAUAUUACCGAGCGGUUGGCUACAUUUUCUAUAAUUGGUCGAAUUUUUCUAUAAUUGGUCGAUUUGUGUGUUCUUCGCUGUCUCUGCACCGAAAAAAUUGUAUUCUUGUUUUGAGGAUAUCCCACUUACUUUAAGUAUAUUUUAUACUAAAAUAGGC